AGAAUGACAUACCACGUACCUCCUCCAGCGGAUGAUGAGGAGAACAGAGGAAGAUCAACGGAGAAUACUAAUACCCGGGAAAUGGAUUACAAUGAUUGGUUGCCGGUCACAGCGUCUAGAGAGGCCAAAUGGUAUUACUCCGCCUUCCACAACGUCACGGCCAUGGUCGGCGCCGGAGUUCUUGGUCUCCCUUUCGCCAUGUCACAACUUGGAUGGGCACCUGGACUUAUUGCGAUCAUAAUGUCAUGGGCUAUAACGUUCUAUUCGUUGUGGCAAAUGGUGCAGCUUCACGAAGCCGUACCCGGGAAACGGUUAGACCGUUACCCCGAGCUAGGCCAAGAAGCGUUCGGACCAAGACUAGGUUACUGGAUCGUCUUGCCGCAACAGCUUUUAGUGCAGAUCGCUUCCGACAUAGUCUACAACGUGACAGGAGGUAAAUCGCUUAAGAAGUUUGUCGAGCUACUCUUUCCUAAUCUCGAACAUAUCCGUCAGACUUAUUACAUCCUCGGAUUCGCCGCGCUCCAGCUUGUGCUCUCUCAAUCUCCUGAUUUCAACUCGAUCAAGAUCGUGUCUCUCCUCGCCGCCCUCAUGUCUUUCCUUUACUCAAUGAUAGCUUCCGUAGCGUCAAUAGCUAAAGGAACGCAACACCAUCCUUCAAGUUACGGAGUCAGAGGAGACACGGUGGCCUCAAUUGUGUUUGAUGCAUUUAAUGGCAUUGGAACCAUAGCGUUUGCGUUUGCAGGACACAGUGUGGUUCUUGAGAUACAAGCCACUAUUCCUUCAACACCUGAAAUCCCUUCCAAGAAACCAAUGUGGAAAGGAGUUGUGGUCGCUUACCUAAUCGUCAUCGUUUGUUACCUUUUUGUGGCUAUCUCCGGUUUUUGGGCUUUUGGUGAUCUUGUUGAGGAUGAUGUUCUCAUUUCCUUAGAGAGACCAGCUUGGCUUAUAGCUGCUGCCAACUUCAUGGUCUUUAUCCAUGUCAUUGGAAGUUAUCAGGUUUUUGCGAUGAUCGUGUUUGACACUAUCGAGUCGUAUCUUGUGAAAACACUGAAAUUCACUCCUUCAACAAUGCUGCGUCUAGUCGCACGUAGUACAUAUGUUGCAUUAAUUUGUCUUAUAGCAGUUUGUAUCCCCUUUUUCGGAGGUCUUUUAGGGUUCUUCGGUGGCCUCGUCUUCUCAUCAACCUCCUACUUCUUGCCUUGCAUGAUAUGGUUGAUCAUGAAGAAACCAAAAAGAUUUAGCAUCCAUUGGUUUUGCUCUUGGGCAGCGAUAGUCACUGGAGUCUCGAUAGCAAUUCUCGCGCCCAUUGGAGGAAUGAGACACAUUAUCCUUUCGGCAAGAACCUACAAGCUCUUCUCAUAGGCUUUUUAAAUAAAAGCCAUGCAAUAACCAGUACAACAAACUUACAAAUGUCUUUUACCUUUUUUUUAACUUUUUUUAGUAGCAGUCUAGUUGGGAAACUUAUAUAGUUAGAUUUAUUGAUUAUGUGGCUUCUCGUUUCUAUUUAUAACCAUUCCAUCAAGAACUGCCUUCCCAAAUUGCUGUGAAGGCUCUAUGCGCUUCGGCCUGAGGCUGUGACGGAUGAUGUUCUCUCUAACCCGUCAUGUUAAAACUACUUAAAGAAAAGGAAUACCAUACACAACAUUGUGGUCAUCCUCGGGAUCUGAACUUGCAGUUUUUUGGAGUUUUUAGCA